AUGCAAGUGUUUGAAGGUAUGAAGCGUCCGUUUAGUCCUUUAGCAUCGGAGAAUGGACUUUCUGAGGGUGGGGAGACUCACGGGGGCUGUCGUCAUGGCGAUACAGACCCCCGUCCGAAACGUGAGCGUAAGCAGCGGACCCUCACCCUGUGUGAAGUGUGUAACAUUCAGCUUAACUCCAGUGCCCAGGCACAGAUCCACUACAACGGCAAAACACACCAGAGAAGACUACGGCAAGCCAGUCAGGCCAAGUCCAGCACAACAAACAACAACAGCUCUGGAAGUCCUGCCCAUGGCAGCCCUCUCCUGGCAUCACUGCCACUUCCUGGUCGCUCCCUGCAGCCGCAACUGGAUCUGAAGCAUUUCUUACCACUCAGAGUGAACGGUUCCACUCCUCUGAGUCUCUUCCCCAACUUCAACACGAUGGACCCAGUCCAGAAAGCAGUUAUUAACCACACCUUUGGUGUGGCUCAACCGCUCAAGAAGAAACAGAUUAUCUCCUGCAACAUCUGCCACCUGCGCUUCAAUUCUACAAACCAAGCAGAGGCUCACUAUAAAGGGCACAAACACGCACGUAAGCUGAAAGCCAUAGACAACCUGAAGAACAAACAGAGGAGCCAUGGAAUGGCAUUAGGGAGAGAGAGAGAGAAAGAGAGGGAGCAAGAAAGAGACAGAGAGGGAGCGAAGACGAGGUCACUCCCCACUCUGAUGGAUGCUAAUCUGACAGAGAGAGCAGGCAUGCUGUGUGAGCCUCUGGGGGGGCGUGUGAAGCUGGAGGAGGCUCAGGGGAGCUCCGUCAUGCUCACACCCAUCUCAGACACUUCUUCUUCAGACAUGGCCACGCUGCUCUCCCCUCAGGUCUCUCCAGGGUCUCAGGGUUCUGAAAGCACUUUGGAUAGCAACCCAACUCUGGACCUCCCAACACAGGGGUCAGACUCAGAACACCAGGACCUUGAACCCUCUGUUAAGGGGGAGGAAAACAACCCUUUGACGAGAGGAGAGGAGGAGAGAGAGGGGAAGAAGAGCAGUAAACAGCACCUCCACUGUCCUGUGUGCAAAGUCACAGUGAACUCCUCCUCUCAGCUAGAGGCCCAUUAUAGUGGCUCCAAACAUAAGCUGAUGUUAGAGGGUCAGAGCGUGCAGCCCCGCCGACGAGGGGGAAAGAUCAUCUCAUCUCGCGUGACAUCACGAUCAAAACGCCAUGGCAACAAGAACAGCACGACCUCAUCCAACCAAUCCUAUCACUGCAAUGUGUGUGAGAUUGCAGUCAACUCGGAAACACAGCUCAAACAGCACAUGAGCAGUAGAAGACACAAAGACAGACUGGCUGGAAAACCCCCCAAACCAAAGUUUAGUCCAUAUAACAAGAAUCCAGCAAACUCUGUGCUAGCGAGUGUGAGAUUUUCGGGGGUUUCAGACAGGGCUGGCCUCACCCCCGGGGGAAUGUGCUCCCCCUACAACCUUUCCAUGGUUACCUGUCAGACCAAAUUGGCUCUCCAGAAGCAGCUCUCAAAAACCCUGACUGCGGGCUUUCUCCCCUCACCUUUGACCCCUGCUACCUUGUGCACCAUGGCAACCAACCCAUUGACCAUACGCCAUGCUCCAGGGCCGGCCGCCAUCAUUCAGACUCCUUUACUCAGUCCUGCACUGUUUAGACCCGCCCCCGGGCCCCUUAGGGCUACUCACACACCAAUCAUCUUCUCUCCCUAUUAG